AUGCUGUCUUUCGAUGUAUUCUCUUGUGUAGCACUUCCCUCUGUUGUACGCGCGCACCCGUGCACCACAGGCAAAACCAAGUUACACCAACUUCCAUCAAUAACUCAGUCAAAACCCAUGCUGUCGAUCAAUUUACAUGAACGUCAGCAGCUGGAGGGCCCCACUCCGAAAGCUUUUGGUGGAAUUAGCGGAACUCCAAAGGCCAAGUCCAACCGGGCUCGACAUAUCAAUCUUUCUACCCAAGCACUAAAAGUGGCCCAUCAACGAGUGAGUUUGAAUGUGGAUUUGGCCAGGCGAAAAGUCAUUGGGCUGACGGAAAUUACCAUUAUCCCCACGUCCAACUCUCUUCGUGUGGUACGCCUAGAUUGUCGUGAAAUGAAAAUCCGCCGUGUUUUCAUCAACGGUUCCGGACUGACCAACUACCUUCAUAAUGACUUACUCUACGUCAACGAUCCAGCCCGCUUUGAGCAUUCCGUGAAAGCAAAUACUGUGAAUGUUUCUGACAUAUUUAGCCCGACCUUCGGCAUUAACCAGCAUCAUUUGUUACGCCAGAAACUAAACUACAUCUUUGGUACUAUCUCUCCAGACCAAAUCUCGUCAGAUCAAGUCGACAACACGAACACUGAAGAGCUUGCAAUUAUUCUUCCCGAGAACUUAAAGCUUGAACUCACAGAUUUGAAUUCGUUGCAUACGCCCUCUGUUGACGUACCUGCAACUGGUCUAACUCCGUUCCACAUGCGCUCCAAAAGUACACAUAAUGAUAUCUAUACACCCAUCCAGAUUACAGUGGAGUAUGAGCUUUGCAACCCUAAAAGUGGCCUUAACUUUGUGUGCCAAUCGGAGGACAAAAACCUUUGGCAUGCUUACACCGUCAAUUCCGAAUAUAACAUUUCGACAUCUUCAUGGGUUCCGUGCAUUGAUAAUCUCUGGGAACGUUGCACCUGGUCUAUUGACAUAAGUAUACCUCGUACAGUCAAGGACAUAGAGGACCCAAAUGAGGAAGAACGGAGAACUUUAGAGGCUCAAAAGGAAACGCGAAAUGGAAAAGUUGGCUCCAUUGAUGACAAUGGCCGUAAUGAAGAGAAAGAGAGCGAAGACAAGAAUGAAGAUGAGCAUAGAAAUGAAAACGAAAAAAUUGAUAGCGACAAUGGUUACCACAAUGAUAACAAUGAUAACAAUAAUGAAGGUGGUGAUGAUGACGACAACGAUGAUGAUGACGAUGACGAUGAUGAUGACGAUACAGAAAAUUUCGAUUUAUUCGUUUGCACAGGAGAUUUUAACAAUUUGAAGGAAAUGCCCCACGGAUCGGAUCCAAGAAAAAAAGUGGUUUCUUGGUCCAUUUUCAAUCCCGUUUGUGCACACCAUGUUGGGUGGGCAGUCGGACCUUUCCAAAGCAAGGAGCUUUCUGAUUUUAACGAAGCAACUGCAGGUGUAACAGAACAAGAUGAAUCUUUGGGGGAGUUUGAAGAAAUUGAAAAGGAUGAGUCUACACUGUCGAUGAUGUUAUAUUUCUUGCCAGGAUAUGAAGAUUUAGUGACGAAUACCUGUGUUUUUGCUCACAAAGCGCUAGAUUUUUUUCUGAAAGAAUUUGGAUCCUAUCCAUUUGGAUCCUUCUGCAUCACCUUUGUGUCUGGUCCAGCUUAUCCAUAUCACAACUUUGCUGGAUUGUCUAUUAUGAGCGACAAAAAAUUGUAUCCAGCUGAUGUUAUCGAGCCUAUGUUCUCUGUUACUGAAGAAAUCUUGGAAUGCAUAGCUAGUCAAUGGUCUACUAUCAACAUUGUACCACAGGUGUUCAAUGAUAUAUGGUGCACAAUUGGUAUCGCAAAGUACAUGAGUUUCCAGUUUAUUAAAACGCUUGUGGGAUCCAAUGAAUUCAGGUACCAAAUCAAAACAAAAAUGGACCAAAUAGUUGAACAGGAUGUUAACAAGAAACCACUAGGAAUGCAAGCUUACAACUUUCCUAUCUCUGAGUCUGACCUUUCAUUUGUGCGUCUCAAGGCGCCAGUCAUACUAUUUAUCCUUGACAGAAGAAUGACGAAGACAGAUAAAUCAUUUGGUCUCUCAAGAGUGUUACCCAAAAUAUUCUUGCAGGCUAUGUCAGGCGAUCUACAGAAUGGUACGCUUUCAACUCAACAUUUUCAAUAUGUGUGUGAGAAAGUGAACAGAAAUCGCUUGGAAUCGUUUUUCAAACAAUGGGUUUACGGUAUAGGUACUCCAAUCUUCAAUAUUACCCAGAGAUUCAACAAGAAAAGGUCUAUGAUCGAGGUUACGAUUAGACAGACGCAACUGCAACAACCCAAAAAUGUACACCCUCAAGCAGAAACUUUCAUUGAGGACUCACUCACAUAUUUGAACGAUACACCAAUUUAUCCUGUUCAACAAACUUUUUUGGGCCCCAUGACAAUUCGUGUUCAUGAAGCGGACGGUACACCUUACGAACACAUCGUUGAUAUCAAGGAUAGUGUUGUAAAAUUUGACGUUCAAUACAACACAAAGUUCAGACGUCUCAAAAAGAACAAGGACGAAAAUAGUGAAAGCACCCCCAUUUUUGCCAAGUUGGGGGAUGUUCUUCAAAGCGAACAGGAAAUGCAAGAUUGGAACCUUGCAGAUUGGCCAAAACGAGACGAAGAGUUCCUCGAUCCAUUUGAAUGGAUUCGUGUUGAUACCGAUUUUGAAUGGAUUGCUAGAUUUAAUGUGAAACAACCUGACUACAUGUUCGGAGCUCAGUUACAGCAAGACCGUGAUAUUGAAGCCCAAAUUGCAGCAAUCGAAUAUUUUGGCUCUCAGGAGAAGCCUAAUACUAUUUACUGUACACUGUUGCUUAGAACCUUGAUGGACAGCAGAUACUUUUAUGGAGUAAGGAUCGCAGCUGCAAAAUCUCUUGCCAUCAUUUCUAAAUCUAAUAACAAUUUCGCUGGCCUUGGCUACUUGAUAAGAGCGUUCAAAGAGCUUUACUGCUUUGAGAAUAGUUCAGUGCCAUUCAGCAAUUCCUUUGAUGAUUUUGGUAAGCUCUUUUUGCAAAAGGCAAUCCCCAGAUUUUUAGGGCUGAUUAAGGAUGAUGAUGGAAACACACCGCAAAGUAUCAAGUCUUUGUUGUUUAAUGUUUUGAAGUAUAAUGAUAAUUCUAAUAAUGAGUUCCAGGACUGCUAUUAUGUGUCGGACCUCAUUUGGUCUUUGACCGAAGCUUUAAUUCCUGCCAAUUCAGAGCAGUUGAAUGUUGACUUUCAUUUGGAGAGGGAGAAAGCCGAAGCAUCGUACUCCAAAGAUGCAAAGUUCAUCCAAAAAGUUGUCGAGGAAUUUUCAAGGAUACAAAAAUUGGAUGGUUGGGUUCCAUCGUAUCAAUCAGUUGUCUCUUAUGCUUGCAUUGAACAAAAAAUUCGCUUAGCACGGACCAAUCUUAUUGAUAUUUCAUUGGAGGAUCUUUUAUUCUUGACUUUCAAGAAGUAUUCGCCCGACAUCAGAGCCUUAGCGUUCAAAGGUUUAUUUGUCUUAGGAGGUUUGAAAAAUGCCCAAAUUUUGAAGUACUUUAUGGAGGUUUACUUGCUUGAAGAUUCGACCAUGUACUUCAAAAGUCUCUUGAUAAAUGCACUUGUUCUGUCUAUAAGUGAAGCAGCAGUGAAUGGAACUCCCUCGAUGCUUGAUGACCCUGAAUUCAGAUCAUUGGAGAAAAUAUUUGAAAGUGGCGGGGGUAUAUCUAACCAAACUACAAAUAUGGUUGUUAUUGAAGAAUCGACACAUACAGCAGAAAUGGAUACUCGCCGAGACGUGUUGGCAAAAGCAACAAUUAAAGGAACAAUCGAAAUUCUUCGCAGAGAUUACUCUAUAGGGAAAGGACUUAUGAAAACGAUGUGGGAAUUACUUCAUACAUCUCUUAUCAGUAUACUUGACAGGAGGAAGGUUUUCCUCUUAUGUGAGAUUUUGUACGAGGAGAUCGAUUCGUUCCCAGUUAUUAUUUCAGUGCCAUGUGUUCCUUUUGAAGAGCUCAAGAAAAAGAUUGUGGCAAAACAUUUGGGUGAUGGAAAAGUAGUCAUUAAACGAGAGGGCAGAUUCAAGAUUCAGUUGAGUGCUAAGAUACUGUUGAACGACAACAAGAAAAUGAAUAAGAAAGAGCCUACCCGUCUUCCUCUGGCUAGAGUUUCCAAAACUGCAAGAUCACGAGUUGACCCGGAAGAGGAAAAACUGGAGGAGAAUUCGAAACUCAAACUAAGGUUAGCUCCUUCUGUGCUCUCUGAUACCUCUGUCCCAGCAUCUCUCUUACCUGAACCAAGUCGCAAAGAUAUUCCUUCGGAAGUUAAAAAUGACCCUGCAACGACCGCUCCUUCGGAGUCGCAUCUGGUUAAGAGAACGGGAGAAGACGAUAUGACAUUAACCUUCAAAUUCAAGAAACGAAAGUUGGAUCUGCCGGAGAUGACAUCGUCUAAUGUUGCCUCACUGAUAGUAACUAUCCACAAUUCACAAGUCAAAAUUCGUUUUCUGAACCCGAAAAAGUUAAGCACUCCCCAAACCUCGAACGAAAUGAGAUAUGUGAAAAUUUCAACCAAAACUGGCAGUGUCUCAUUAUCAGCUACACCCUUUGCCGAAUCACCAGAAACACGCAGUUCUACUACUCCAAGAAUCUCGAUGUCACCUAAGAAAAAAAUGAAUGGAAAAAUUACAGAACGCUCAAAUGGAAAUAAUGACAGAACCAUAUACAAGGAUGCUAAAUCUAAAAACGAGGCGAGAAAUUCGGAUGGAGGGAAUUUACUGGAACCUGCAGAGGUUGUUAGCACGGAAAAGGUACGCCUGAGUGAUGAUUCUGAAGUGGAAGUAAAAGUGAAAAAGGAAAAUUCUGAUUCAGCAAAAAGUGUUUCACGGUCUCUGUCAAAAGUUUCUUCUCGCUCCUCGCUGGAGGAAACACGAGAAUUUUCACGAGCUGCAAGUCCCUUCUCUGGUGAACAGUCUUCAGCUCCGAAACGUAAAAAGACAAAGAUCUACAUUCAUGGUCAUACAUCAGAAACACCAUCUCCCCCACAAUCAAGAGCAGCUACACCCGUUAAAACCGAGGAGUCCGCCGAUCUGGAAAAGCCUAAGUUGAAGUUGAAACUCACGUUGAAUUAA